GUGACAGAGACAGACCAAGGGAGUUCAUUCACGUUUUUGUUAGUGGAUUUUUCAUAAACAUGAGGAUUGAAACGUGUUAUUUCUGCUCCUCGAGGAUAUACCCGGGGCACGGGAUUCAAUUCGUCAGGAACGAUUGCAAGAUAUUCAAGUUCUGCAGAGCAAAGUGUCACGCAGCCUUUAAGAAGAAGAAGAACCCAAGGAAAACCAAAUGGACGAAAGCCUACAGAAAAACCGUGGGCAAGGAGUUGGCGGUGGAUCCCUCCUUCGAGUUCGAGAAGCGCAGAAAUACUCCAGUUAAAUACAACCGAGAGCUGUGGAGCAAGACAGUGGAGGCCAUGAAGAAGGUCGAGAGCAUAAGGCAGAAGCGAGCCAACACCCACAUCAUGCAGAGAUUGAGGAAGGGUCGUGUGUUGGAGCAGGAGAAGGACAUCAAGGAGGUGGAGAGAAAUCUUUCCCUCAUCAGGUCACCAGCUGCUGGCCUCAAGGACAGGAAGAAGCUGGAGGAGGCAGCCCAGAAUGACGAGAAGAUGGAGGAGUCCGAGGAGGAAAUGGAGGCCGAGGAAAUUGCCAUUGAGAAUUAAUUUAUUCGAUCUUCCUUCGAUAACAAUUCAGUGGCGAAGUGGUAAAACGGUUCAAGUCGACUCA